AUGACGCCAAAAAUUAGCACUCCGGCAGACGACGAGUCGGAGACUGGUAGCAUGCGAAUCAGCGCUUCAGAUCAUCAAUACGUCGGCGGCGAACACUGGGCUGCCAUUUUAGACAGUAUUGCUGAUCUAAGGGACCAUUUUGAUCGAGAAGAGCAAUUCACCGAAACCCCUGAUGCUUCAGCAGAGACGGUUGUGAAUGGGGAUGGGGAUCUGGGAAACCAGAAGCAUCGCUUUGGCCGCGCAUUGCUUCUAUAUGGCUGCAAGCAUGCCAGCUCACGCAAUGAGAUUCUUUCUGCCUUACCGCCAAAGAGUACAGUCGACCGCUACAUCUCACGGUACUUCAAUCAACUUGAUUUAGUGGCAUCGUCGUCUGUUCAUGGCCCGACAUUUCUGCGCGAGUACGAGUCGUUCUGGGAGAAUCCGUCCGGUCCGCCCAUCAUGUGGAUUGGUCUGCUAUUCAGCAUGAUAUGCCUGGCGCUGAUUGCCUCAGAGUCGACAGAAUCACCCAACAUGACAUAUACAGAGCAGCAAUGUCUGCAGAUCGAACUCUACAGAGAAAAGGUUGUCCAAUGUCUGAUGAUGGGUGAGUAUACCCAUGGUGGCCGACACUCAUUAGAAACCUUCAUGAAUUACGUCUACAUCGAGUUCCGGAUCCACGAUGAUGCUGAAAAAGAUGUCUGGUUUCUGCAUGGCAUAGAAGUCAAUUUGGCCAAACAUGGAGAGAUGAGACGACGAAUGUGGGCGACGAUUCUCCUCGGCGAUAGUCUCAUAUCCGGUCAGAUGGGGAUGCCUCUCAUGAUCACGAGCGACCAAUUUGAUACGGUCGAGCCCCGUAAUCUCAACGAUUCGGACAUCGAUGGAGAAACAUCCAGUUUGCCACCAUCUCGGCCGGAGACAGAGAACACAACUUCACUGGGCCUCAUAGCGAGGAGACGUGUCCUGAUUGCUCUAGGGGUUGUCGCGGAUCUCACCUCCUCUUUGAAGCAUUCCGAAUACACCGACUACAUGAAAGCUGAUCUGGUCCUUAACGAGGCGGGCCAAAGCAUCCCACCACCACUGAAAAUGCACUCAAUGGCAUCUAGCGUCACUGACACGCCGCAAACCAUCAUGUCUCGUCUCUUCCUCCGCCACAUCUUCACCAGAGGUCAGAUUAUGCUGCAUCGAAAGUUCUUAUUCAUGAAGUCCCCAUCGACCGAGGAAGAUUCGUUCGCAUACUCGCGAACUACUUGCACCAACGCCGCCUUGGAGACCUUGCACAUACAGCAGAUACUGGACGAGGAGACAAGCCCGGGAGGACAGCUGCAAGCGAUGCAGUGGCGCGUGGGAUCUCUCAUGAACCACCAUUUCCUUACAGCAACCAUGAUUCUUUGCGCCAUGGUCCAUCAAAAGCACACUCUCGGGCGGGAGGAAGAGAUUAUGAGAGCACUUCGAACAGGCAGAGCGAUCUGGAUGCGAAGGAGUCAGGGGUCUCGCGAAGCACAACGAGCCGCGCAAGCUGUCAGCAUUGUUCUUGCCAAAGCUGGCGGCCCAAGAUUUGACAUAGAGAUCGACCUCCGCGGCGACAGUAGGUUCAAAUGCUCGACCUCGACGCACGAGCUAUCUAUGGCUGGAGAUGGCGAUCGGCCCAGCGAAGUUCCACAGGGAUCUGGCAUUUCCACCUCUCCGCAGAAGAAGCUCCCCGCCAUGGGACAUGCAGAAGCCAUGGACCUUGCAGCAUCCGUCAUUUCCGAGGAACAAGUUGCCAGUCUACGUGCUUCCCUCACGGACGGGAACCUGGCCAAUCUGACGGAGACCUCCCGCCCGCUGUUCGACCAGUAUCUAUCCAACACGGCGGAGAUUCUGGCUCGCGGGCCAAGCUCUGACGGCAAUCCCUUCAUUACAUACGUUCUGCCGUUGGCUCUGGGCGAUAGUCUGAUCAUGGACUGCGUCCUGGGUAUCGGAGGAGCCCACAUGGCUGCUCUAGAUUCUAAAAAGCGAGACCUUGAAGUCCUGACCCGCGGACACUAUGCGCGCGUCCUCGCUGGACUCCAGAAGGUUCUAGCCAAUGAGGCCGAGUCUUAUUUUGGAAAUACCAAGCAAGAAAAGGAGCAGUACGUCCUCCUCAUUCUACUUCUCCUGUGUGUUUUUGAACAUACCCAAGGAGACAUCCACGGUUCGGUGUACCAUCACAUCAAGGCCAGCCGGCAUUACAUCUUGUCAUUGAUGAAGGCCCCACGGAAGACUGCGUCCAUGGACAAAUUGGGGCACAUCCGAGGCUUUCUAUUGGAAAUCUACUCCUUCAUGGCACUUAAGUUGUCGAUCACGCCACGCGGUGCCAUGGAAGACAACCCUAUUACGCUGGAUCCGUUCCUCGGGUCUCUGGACUUCCUGAAAGAGUACAAAUCUUGCGGUUUCAUGCUCGGAUUCGGGCAUGGUCUUUUCGGAUUAGUCCCGGAAAUUGCCGAUCUCGUCGAGAAAAGACGCCUGGAAGAGCUGAACAACAGCAUAACCAGUGCUACGUUCGAGGCGUACAAGAGCUUGGUGGCGAAGCUGGACACGUGGGACACGUUUUCCGAUGUUCUCGAAGGGAAAGACUCGAGCCCGCGGUUUCAACAAGGUCCAGCAGUCUCCAUCUACCGAACGGCAUUGAUCCUUUACCUUCACUCAGCGUUCCACGAGAACCUGCAUGAAUGCGCGGAGCUUUGCGAUGAGAUUGAUCUGCUCAUAGAUAGAGUGCUACCACUUCUCUGGGGUGUGUACUCGAACGACCUCAACUUACUCAGGGCUUCCGAGUCGGACUGA